AUGCAGAAGAAGAAGAGGCCGCAGAAGGGCUUGGAGGAGAAUAUCAAACGGACUGUGUACAUCAGCUACGUUGAUUGCACGCUGACGGAGGAGAACCUGGCGGCAUUCUUCUCAGAUUGCGGUCGCAUUGUCGACUGCCGCAUUUGUGGCGAUCCCAAUAGCGCGAUGCGCUUUGCGUUCAUUGAGUUUGCGGACGUGGAGUUCGCAACGAAGGCGCUGGAGAAGACGGGCAGCGUGCUGGGGAAGUCGCCGCUGCGUGUGUUGCCGUCAAAGACCGCGAUUAUGCCGGUCAAUCAGGAGCUUAUGCCGCGGUCGCCGGAUGAGGUGGAGCGGUGCAGCCGCACCGUGUACGCCGCCAACAUUGACAAAAAGGUCGACAAGAACGACGUGCGGGCGUUUUUCGAGUCGCUGUGCGGCAAGGUCUCACGGAUCCGACUGCUGGGCGACUACGCGCACUCUACGCGGAUUGCGUUCGUGGAGUUCCAGCAUGCGGAGGGUGCUCUGGCGGCGCUCAACUGCAGCGGCGCUCUCCUCGGGUCCCUUCCCAUCCGGGUUUCACCUUCCAAGACGCCGGUCAAGGUGGAGGUUGGGCGGGACAGUGAUGGUCAAUCCAGUUCCGCUCACUCGCAGCAGUCGGUGCCCCAGUCUCGGGCGUUGCAGCAACAACAGUCUCAACAGCAACAGCAGGUGCAGGUGCAGGAGAAGGCUACCGACUAA